UCUGAUCCCUAAGCUAAAUUUUUGUUUUCUAUAUAUUUGAUAUAUUUAGGUGCAUCUACGCAAAUGAAUAUAAUUAUCAUUUCAAAUAUAAUUAGGAGUAAUCCUGCUGGCUUUUAAAACAAUUCUACGCCCCUGUUUGAUUCCUUCAAAAAUUACCUAUGUACAUAUCAUAAUAAUAAUGGUAUGUUAUACUUAGCCAUACAGUUUUAAUUACACUAUCUUGCAAAAGGAACUAGUACCUCGCAAUGUGAUUUAUUUCCCGGUCAUGACAAACAGAUGUAUAUCCUUCCUUUUAUGUACGUGCAGUUAAUUUGAAAAUACCAAAAUUAAAAAUGUAUUUCUAUCUGCUGAUGUAUAUACUUUGUACUACAUGGACUUCAGCGUUCAGUGCACCAUUCACAGCCUACAUUGAGAGCUGUGUAUUGCACGUGACCUGGUCGUCCUCAGUCGUCACGUGUUCUACAACCAUCUCCAGAGAGAUCAACGAGUCCCUAGCAUUAACAGUCUCCAUUAACAACACUCGAGUCAAUUUUACUCUGGAUUCUGAGAGUACCUUUAAGGCAGUGAGUGGCGAUUGUGAUAGAGACCAAACUAUGCCCGAUGACAUGGCAAUAAGAAAUAUAUCUACAGUGCCAGAACUGGACGAAUGGCCAAAUAUAACUGUCGUGAACAUAUCGGGCAGUACUGAACUUAACUGCACAGCAAGGGGAGCCAUGAAGGACGUCGACACAAGUUGGCAGAAACAUGGUUCUGGAAUUACUCUCGGCAACACAGCUUCUCUCCUCAUUGUCAGUGCCUCGUAUGCGGACACAGGAAGUUAUGUUUGUACCAUCCACUAUCAGUCGUGUGGUACUAAUACGACCCAUAACGGAAGGAAGAAUCUGACAAGGACAGUUCAUGUAGACGUCCAAGGUGCGCCACUUUUAAUUUUACCGGAUAAACGGAAAUUAUUCCAUGUCGCCAAAGGACAGUCUAUUCUGUUCAGUAUUACAAUAGCUAGUUCUCCUCCUCCCAUUCAAAGUCUUACCAUCGUGAAGUCUAACGACGGAAGCCAACUUCAAGCUGGAGUUGAUUUCAACAGGACAUAUAAGUCGUUUUCUAAGGAUAUAGGAAUUUCUAGAGAAACUCCUGUGUACUCAGCAAACAUUCGUCUCGACAACAUAAGGUCUAAUUGGACAGGGGAUUACAUUCUGUACAUUAACAACUCUCAUGGAUAUACUUCCUACGAGUUCUCCAUAAAAGUCUUUAGGGCCGAGAAAGUUCCAGAGUGGCAGUCCAGGCUAUUGGAGAUUGUGAUAGGUGGUAUAGGGGGACUAAUACUUCUGGCAAUAGUGGUGGGGGUCAUCUGCAUGUGCCGAACCAGAUUUAAGCAAAAAGCCCUACAAGAAAAAAUGAUGGAAUUAGUUGAAGCUGAGAAGAAAGGAAGCAUGGAAAGUUUGGAAGUUUUGGGUCUUGGUAAAACAACUAAUGGUAAUUAUAUUUAGCUCUCUGAAAUCAUCGUUUCACUAUGUCAAAGAUCUUGAUCUUGUCCCAGUAUCUUGUUACCAUAAAAGAUAAUCCGAUACUUUUUAAUAUAUACAUACAAGUAUAUAUCCGUUUAGCAUGACUUUUGACGGUUUCUGUAUUCAUCGGAUUUGAAACUACAAGGUAUACCAUUCAGUUUUGGCGAAUAUAAUUUUGGUUAUCCUAUUCCAUCUGUUCAUGUUGUUUGGAAACUUUUUUUAUUCACGCUUGCACGUGCAGUUGUAUAGCUGAAAGUAUUUCAAUUUAGCGAAUUAUUAUUUUGGUGAAUUUUAAACUAUAGACAGAAUAGGCCAAAAUUAUACUCACCUCUAAAUAACCAGUUGUACGAACAGAGUUUAUUUAUAUACAUAUGAACUCUUUUGGUAUGACUGGUUUGAAUCCUCUUGAAAUUUUGUUCACAGUUAUGGCCCAAAUAGAAUGUUAAUGUCUGAAUUAUGUCGUCAUUUUUGUACCUACAUUAACCCAGACACAUUCUUUGUCUUUUGAGGAUUAUCUCAUGUAAUAAAAUGAAUAUAUUUGA